GAAGGCUGUUGAAGUUGAAAUGUGAAAAGUUAGUGCAAAUUGUUAGGUGCAGGCAGGUUGGUAAUUAAACAAAGGAAUUUGGAUGCAAUGAGACCAAAGGCUUUAAAACCCGCAAAAAUCACAAGGCCACCAACCGCGGAGAACACACACAAUCAGACAAUCUAGGGAAAUAGUGAGCGAGACUGAGAGAGCAAACCAGAGGUAGCCAAAGCCAACCAGGAAGACAUUAGCUUAUCUUCAAUCUCUGCUGCAUCUCUCAAACGAACCCUAGAAAAUGGACCCCAAUCUCCAAGUAUCAGAAAACCCAGAAUCCAAAUCGUCAGAGGAACAAAACUCACUUGCCAUUGUGCCUUCCUCAUCACUUCCUCCUUUUGCCACUGCUUCCCUCUCUCUUUCUCUCUCUACAAUCCUCCCCACCCACUUUUUCCAACAACCCAAAGUUUCUGCCUUGUUUUCUUCCCAGCCAAACAAGGUCAAGGUGCCCACUCAGGCCUCUUCCUUGGCUCACCUCUCUCUAUCCACGGCCAAUGUAACUCCUCCGAAGCUCUCAUUCAAGUCCACCAUCUCAGCCAACCCUCUGCAAAACCCUCUCUCUUUAGGCCCUCGCCGUCCUCUAGACCCCUCCAAUGGGGCCGCAAUUCGCCGAGCUUCCAUUGUCUGGUUCAGAAACGAUUUGCGUGUCCACGAUAACGAGUGCCUCAACUCGGCCAACAACGAGUCCAUGUCAGUCUUGCCCGUCUAUUGCUUUGACCCGAGAGACUACGGAAAAUCCUCUUCUGGGUUCGAUAAGACCGGUCCAUACCGUGCGUCCUUCUUGGUUGAAUCGGUCUCAGACCUCCGCAAGAAUCUCCAGGCAAGAGGGUCCGAUCUGGUGGUCCGAAUCGGGAAGCCCGAGACGGUUUUGGUGGAGCUGGCCAAGUCAAUCGGCGCCGACGCCAUUUAUGCGCACAGAGAGGUUUCGCACGACGAGGUUAAGGCCGAGGAGAAGAUCGAAGCCGCUAUGAAGGAGGAGAAUGUGGAGGUCAAGUACUUCUGGGGAAGCACUCUGUACCAUAUGGAUGAUUUACCAUUUAAGUUGGAGGAAAUGCCCACGAAUUAUGGUGGGUUUAGAGAGAAAGUAAAGGGAUUGGAGGUGAGGAAGACGAUCGAGGCUUUGGAACAAAUGAAGGGCUUGCCCUCUCGUGGUGAUGUGGAGCCUGGGGAUAUUCCUUCCUUAAUGGAUUUGGGUCUUAAUCCAUCUGCUACAAUGUCUCAGGAUGGAAGACCACCUGCCAAUGCUUCCAUGGUGGGAGGGGAAGCCGAAGCCCUAGAGAGGCUCAAAAAGUUUGCAGCUGAGUGCCAAGCACAACCACCCAAGGGUGGCAAAGAUGGAAGCCAUGAUAGCAUAUAUGGUGCAAAUUUUUCAUGCAAGAUCUCUCCAUGGCUGGCCAUGGGAUGCCUCUCUCCCCGCAGUAUGUUUGAUGAGCUAAAGAAAACUGCUGACAGAACCAUUUCUGCUUCCUCAAAGCGGGAUGAUGGUGGCAGUGGAAUGAAUUGGUUGAUGUUUGAGUUGCUGUGGAGGGAUUUCUUCAGAUUUGUCACCAAGAAAUACAGUUCUGCAAAGAAACAGCUUGACGCUGCUCCAGCCACAGCAUGUACGGGUGCCCUUGCUUAGGGAAGAACUUAAAUUGGAUGAUGAAAUGUUGAGAUAUGGAUUAGUUUCAACUCUUUUAAUUUUCCAAGAUGUAGCAGUUAGAUGUUGUAGGGUUCCUCUGAAGGAGUUGUUCCUUGUUGAACCUUGUUUUCGGUUCCAAAUAAUGUGGUUGAAUAUGGAGAUUUGCCCCAUUCUUCAUACGUUCUCAUGUGAAUAACAGAUGGUCUGCUUUUUGCCUUCUAUCUUUGGUUUGUUGUACACAUUGACCAAGUUGUUAAUGGAAUUACAGAUUUACAAAAGAAA